AUGGCAUUCAUUCCCGCCCAGCUCGGAAUCGUUGGCACCCAAGUGAUGGUCAGAAUCACGUCCAAGGACGGCAUCAGCUUCGAAGCUGAUCGAUCCGUCCUUCUUCGAAGCAGGUGGUUCUCCAAGGCCUACGACGGCAGCUUCAAAGAGGCUGUCACGGAUGAGUGGGACUUUUCCAAUAACCCCCACGCGACAUACAGUGUGCUCUGCGCCUACAUAGAGUACCUGGAGAAGGGCAAGAUAUCGCAGGGCCAGCGGCUGGCGGCACGGAAGCGCGGGCGGGAUUUCGCCGAUUACAUCUGUGAUGCGGGUUUCGCAAAGGCCUUGGGAUAA